UAUUCGUUUAUCUUCUAUUUUUCUCCAACUUUUUUUGGACCAGCAGUAUAGUAUGCACCCGUCCCCCCUGGUCGGUUUGACGACGUCUGUAUACGGCGUGACGUCACAUCCGCGAAGUGACGACUCGACCGCGUGACUUAGUGUCGAAGCAGACCGAAGCAUGCAGAAAGUCGCACGCGUAGCCGCGACCUUGGGGCGCGCGUUGCGGGGUUCGGCUGGAAGUUGCGGCUCACUUCCGGGUCCAAGAUCAGCGUCGGGAGGCUUUUUGAGCCGGCACGCGCACGACAGGUUCCCGCGUGGCGUCGAACGGAGCUGCGUGGUGGACCCGAACCAGGAAGAAGGCUUCUGGUUCGAUGAGGUCACAGAUCCGGAGGAGGAACCUGUUGUGGCGGAUUUAGGACCAAAGCAGAGCUCGCCGCCGCCGCCGCCGCCUCCUCUGGCUCUCGGUCAUCGUCCUCCGUGGACUCCCGGCAGUUCUGUUCUGCUUGACUUGAAUAAUUUAACCGGGCCGGACCUUGAGGAUGACUCCCUCGUUCGGUUCCACGAUGCAGAAUUCCGCCUGCGCCCGAGCGCGGUGGCGUCCGUCCAGAAAAAAAAGGAGGCGCCCAAGCGAGGGCACAAGACCUACGGGACACCAGAUUCAAUGGAACCCAUUAGCGAUACCCGCUGCUCAGGCUGCGGCGCCGUUCUCCACUGCGCCCACGCCACCGUCCCGGGCUACCUCCCCAGCGAGAAGUAUAAGGUCCUGCUCCGGGAGGAACGGCUCAACAGCGCCACCUGCCAGCGAUGCCAUCUGCUGCGCCACCACCAAGAGGCUCUGAACCUGCAAGUGUCCAAGGACGAGUUUCGCAACGUGUUGCGGAAGAUCCGCUCCCAGAGAGCGCUGGUCCUUCUCAUCGUGGACCUCCUGGACGUCCCCGACUCGCUUGUCCCAGAACUUCCAGACUUGGUGGGUCCGAACAAACACGUGGUGGUUUUGGGCAACAAGAUCGACCUCCUUCCCGCGGACUCGCCCAACCACCUGCAACGAAUCCGACGGCAGCUGGGCCAGUUCUGUCGGGAAGCCGGAUUUGGGCCUCAGGUGAGCGACGUCCACCUGAUCAGCGCCAAGACCGGCUACGGCAUCGAAGAUCUGAUCUCCGGCCUGCAGCGCUCGUGGAAGUACAAAGGCGACGUGUACCUGGUGGGAAGCGCCAAUGCGGGAAAGUCCACGCUCUUCAAUACGCUGCUCCAGUCAGACUACUGCAAGUCCAGAGCCUCAGACGUCGUCGGUAAAGCCACCAUUUCCCCGUGGCCCGGGACCACUCUGAACCUGCUCAAGUUCCCCAUCAUCAACCCCACGCCGUACCGGAUGUUCCGACGGCACGAGCGUCUACGGGGGUGUCGCCGGCAGACGGAGGACGACCUGACCCCCGAUGAGCUGAAGAGUCUGAAAGCGCUCCGCCGCCAGGGCUACUUAGUAGGUCGGGUCGGUCGAACGUUCCUACCCAAAGUCGGCCGCAGAACUAUCGUCUUUGAUCCUGACACUCUGGCCUUUGGAGAGGAUCACGACGGGGAAAGCAUGACCCCUGGACACGGGGAAGACGCCCCCCGCGAGCUGACACAGAACGAGCUGAAAGACGCGCACUGGCUGUUCGACACGCCGGGAAUCAUCAAGGACCGGGACGUGCUCGCUCUGCUCACCCAACAGGAAGUGAAGGCCGUGGUUCCGACGCGGGCCGUCGUUCCUCGCACGUUUUUGUUGAAGCCCGGAAUGAGUCUGUUUGUCGGGGCUCUGGCCAGGAUCGACUUCCUGGAGGGGGAGAAGUCCUGCUGGUUUUCAGUCAUUGCCUCCAGUCAGGUUCCGGUUCACGUCAGCAGCGUGGAAAAAGCCGACGGCAUUUAUCGGAAACACGCCGGACGUGAGCUUCUGGGGGUACCGGCGGGAGGAACGGAGCGCAUGAAGAACUUUCCGGCGCUGAUCCCUCAGGAUUUCCGCCUGGAGGGUCGAGGUCCCGCGGAGGCCGCCGCCGACGUCAAGUUGUCGUCCGCAGGUUGGGUGGCGGUGACCGCGUUGGAGGGUGAGCGGCCGCUGCUGAGGGUUCACGGGCCGCCCUCGGCCGCUUUUAGUCUGAGGACGCCGCCCCUGCUUCCUCACGUGGUUUCCCUGAAGGGGCCUCGCAUCCCAAAGUCGUGUGCCUACAAAGCGCUGACGCCGACGGCGUUGCUGGACGUCGGCCGGAAGAGGAAGACGGGCACCUCCGGGAAGGACAAGAGACGAGCGGCUGACAAGAAGAGUCUCAAUUAAAACAACUUGUCGAAUACGGGAAGAAGAAAAAAAUGCUUUCAUCAGUCCAACUCUUAAAGUGUUGAUUUUGAGAGUGUGGGGGGUGUAAAACGUAAUGGCAUCCUUUUUUUUUGGGGGGGGGGGUGUUAUUG